UUGCUUUCCAAUGGAGAGCUUCGCACUUCACUCUCUCUCCACCUCAACUUCCUUCUCUCGCACUUCCUUCCUCCGUCCUCGUUCUCGCCCACUCUCCAAAUCUCAUUUGUCUCUUCCGUUGACUCCCACUUCUCCUUCAGCUCCAUCUCUCAGAUCAACCGUCUCUUGUUUCUCCUUCUUUCCCUCCAAAUCUUCUUCCACCUUCAAUCCUCUCUCUAAGCCCCGCAUUGUAAAUCACCCAGUUCAAGCUUCUUCGUCGUCAUCUUCACCCGCAUUAUCGUCAUCCUCAACCCCAGUUUCUCAAGGCGCCAGACCUUUACCAUUUUUUAUCUCCAUUUCUAUUGGUCUCAUCGUUCGCUUCUUGGUUCCUAAGCCCGUUGAGGUUGCUCCUCAAGCGUGGCAGUUGCUCUCGAUUUUUCUAUCGACCAUUGCGGGUCUGGUUCUGAGUCCUUUGCCGGUGGGAGCUUGGGCUUUUAUUGGUUUAACGACCUCUGUCGUGACAAAAACACUGACUUUCUCUGCAGCUUUUAGCGCGUUCACAGACCAGGUCAUUUGGUUGAUUGUGAUUUCCUUCUUCUUCGCCCGUGGGUUUGUGAAAACUGGGUUGGGGGAUAGGAUUGCGAAUUAUUUCGUGAAGUGUUUGGGAAAGAGUACAUUGGGACUGUCUUAUGGGUUGACUUUUGGCGAAGUGCUUAUUGCACCGGCGAUGCCCAGCACCACCGCGAGGGCUGGCGGCAUCUUCUUGCCGAUUAUCAAGUCAUUGUCCCUCUCAGCUGGGAGUGAACCCAAUCAUCCUACUUCCAGAAAGCUGGGCUCUUAUCUUGUCCAGACCCAAUUACAGUCUGCUGGUAAUUCUAGUGCUCUUUUCCUAACUGCUGCUGCUCAAAACCUGCUAUGUCUUAAAUUAGCAGAGGAGCUUGGGGUGAUAAUUGCAAAUCCAUGGAUCACAUGGUUUAAAGCGGCUAGUUUACCUGCACUGAUUUCUCUUCUUGCUACACCAUUGAUUUUAUACAAACUAUAUCCACCUCAAAUGAAAGACACACCAGAGGCGCCUGCCAUGGCUGCGGUCAAACUGGAAAGUAUGGGUCCUGUCACUCGAAAUGAAUGGAUUAUGAUUGGCACAAUGCUGCUUGCAGUCUCUUUGUGGAUCUUUGGAGGGACUCUUGGUAUACCGAGUACUGUAGCUGCAAUGAUUGGCUUAUCAAUACUCCUUGUAUUUGGAGUCCUUGAUUGGAAUGAUUGCUUGAAUGAAAAAUCAGCAUGGGAUACCCUGUCUUGGUUUGCUGUUCUGGUGGGGAUGGCUGGCCAGUUGACAAACCUUGGCAUUGUAGGUUGGAUGUCUACCUGUGUGGCCAAGUCUCUUCAGUCUUUCUCUCUGAGCUGGCCUGCCUCGCUUCUUGUUCUUCUGGCAUCUUAUUUUUCCAUCCACUACGUCUUUGCAAGUCAGAUAGGACAUGUUGGAGCUUUAUACUCUGCUUUUCUUGCCAUGAACCGGGCAGCCGGUGUUCCCGUUGUGGUGGCAGCACUGGCUCUAGCUUAUGUCACUAAUCUUUUUGGUUCAAUAACACACUAUAGCAGUGGUCAGGCUGCUAUAUAUUAUGGAGCUGGUUAUGUAGACCUUCCCGAUAUAUUCAAAAUUGGGUUCAUUAUGGCGUGUUUUAAUGCUAUCGUCUGGGGAGGUGUAGGCUCUUUCUGGUGGAAAUUUUUGGGCUUGUAUUGAUUUUCCAUUUCAAUGUAAGUAAUAUCGCUUCAGCCAGCCAUUCUUCUUUGCAGCCAAAAGAACAUGUCUUCCAUUUGAGGACAAUUGAGCUCAUCAU